AUGUUGGUACCACGAGGUUUUAUAAUGAAUGAUCAUGAAGUAGAACGAAUUCAACUUCAAUCAACAGUCGAAAUCGAGACACUUAGUAAACAUCGAGUCGUCCUAGAUCAAAAUUCAAAGAUGGGUUUGAAUGAUGAAUUACUUUGUACCGAAUGCCGCAAUGUUGUUUGGAAACCAGUUUAUUGUAAACAAUGUGAAUGUAUUUUUUGCUACAAAUGCCGUCCUCAAAUCGGUUUUUUCAGUAGAGUUUCGACAUUUUUCGGUGUUGAACGUCCUCGGCAUGGACGAAACACUUGUGACAAUUUUGAAGAAGUAUCUGUGCCUACUCAUAUCAUUGCUGAUCUUAGCAAAUUAUUAUUUCGAUGUGCCUAUGAGCAAAAUGGAUGUCGAAUGCUUAUACAUUAUUAUGAUCUUGAACAACAUGAAAAAGAAUGUCAAUUUGAAAACAUCCCAUGUCAGGUAUGCCUGUUACCUUUAUCAAAACGACGACCAUUUGCAAAACAUUCGACGCAUGCAUGCUUUCAGGAAAUGUAUAGAAAAAAUCCUUCUGGAAUUCAACAACAGUUUAUUAUACUUUUGAAUGCUACUGAAAAGGCUGAAGCCGAAAAUACUUGUCUCAAAUUGGUGAUAGACGAUCUGCAAAAUCAAAUCAAUAAUUUGGAUUCAAAAUAUGUGAAAAAACCACCUACAAAAAAAGACUAA